AUGGCUACACUAAAGGAGCAACUCGCGACGUUGAUUGAUAACUACUCACCUUGUGAUGUAUCAGACGCCCUCAUCAAGCUACAAAAGACGCCUGAGGGCAGCACAGCAAGAGCAGGGUACCUUGCAGAUCUAGGUAAGCACUGGGUAGAUCAUGUUGGUGAAUUCCAAUCUUCAGAUCCUUCCGGCGCCGGAUCCAUCGUCGUCAUUGAGCAGCCUGAGAAUCAGUACUGCGCUGUGACGGGUGGGAUCAUGGCAACGCGGAUGAAAGCCCUCGGGAUUAAAGCCACCGUUGUGGGAGGCCGUGUUAGGGACUUGAGGGAAUUGCAGGCUACUGGGCUUCCGAUCUGGGCUCGAGCCACUUCUACAGUUGGCACCAAUGCAGAGGCCAAGGCCGGUGCUCGUGAUGUGCCAAUCUCAAUCGGGGGUGUUACUGUUUCGCCUGGAGACAUUAUCUUCUGCGACCCCUUGGAAGGAGUGGUGGCUAUUCCUCGCGAGCUGCUCGGCCAGGUGCUUGAGCUCAUGCCGAAACUCACUACAAUGGAUGGCAACGCCAAGGAGGCUGUUGCGCAGGGAAUGAGCGUCACCGAUGCUUUUAAGAAAUUCCGCUGA